AUGGCCUCAACCAACAACCACACCACGGGCGUCACCGCUGCAGUAGACGAGAAGGAGCAGUGGAACGCGGCGACGCGGGCCAUCUCGCACGAGAGCGGCGACGAGCCGGCGCUCAAGGGCCAGCCGGCGCAGCUGCUCGGCCACGACAUCGACAACGGGCUCGACCCGGCCGAGGUCAAGCGCAUCACGCGCAAGAUCGACUGGCACCUCAUCCCGAUGCUGAUUGCCAUGUACUCGAUCUCGCUGAUCGACCGGACCAACCUCGCCGUCGCGCGCUCGGCCAACAACAACCAGUUCGACAAGGACCUCGGCACCGGCCGCAAAGAGGGCAUGGAGUACAACAUCAUCACGGUCGUGUUUUUCGUGCCGUACAUUGUCUUUGAGCUUCCCUCGCAGUUCGGCCUGCGCCGCUUCGGUGCCCGCUGGUGGCUCGGCUCGGCCGUCGUCGCCUGGGGAUUUAUCAUGUUGGGUAUGGGCUUCGCCAAGUCAUGGCAGGCGCUCGCGGCGCUGCGCGCCGUCCUCGGCUUCUUCGAGUCGGCGCUGUUCCCCGGCGCGGCGUACCUCAUUUCGUGCUGGUACCCGCGCCGCGACCUCGCCGUCCGCAACGUCGUGUUUUACAUCACCUCGGCCGUCGCCGGCUCGUUCGCCAAGCUCCUCGGCUUCGGCUUCUCCCAGGCGCACGGCAAGGCAGGCCUGCAUGGCUGGCAAUGGAUGUUCAUCAUCUACGGCAUCAUGACCAUAGUCAUCGGCUUGCUGGCGUACUUGUUCCUCGUCGACGUGCCGACAAAGGCCACGUUCCUCACUGAGGAGGAGCGCGAGAUCGUCCAGCUCCGCCUCGAGCGCGACCGCGCCGACUCGGUCCCCGACGCGCUCACCUGGGCCAAGAUGCUCAAGUACGCCAUGGAGCCUCUGCCGUGGCUCUUCGCGCUCAGCUUCAUGUCAGUCACGACGUCGGCCUACGCCCUGUCGUACUUCCUCCCCCGCAUCCUCACCGUCAUGGGCUUCAACAACGUCGAGUCGAUGGUUCUCGGCACGCCGGCCUACUUCUGGGCCAUUGUCCCCGCUCUCAUCUGCGGCCGCAUCGCCGACCGUAUCCCCGGUACUCGUGGCGCGGCCGUCAUCUUCAACUCGGUCUGCAUCAUCGCCGGCACAGCCAUGUACUCGCGCCUGCCUUCGACCAUGCGCGCUGCGCGCUUCGCAGGCAUCUUCCUCGCCUGCGGCGGCGGCAACGCCAACGUCCCGCUCCUCAUCUCGUGGCAGGCCGUUUCGAUCCGCUCCCAGUCCAAGCGCGCCUUCUGCUCGGCCCUCACCAUCGCCUUUGGCGGAAUCGGCGGUAUCCUCGGCUCGUCCCUCUUCUUCAACAGGGAGGCCGCGCAGGGCUACCCCACCGGCGUGUACACCAUCAUCGGCCUCAACUCGAUGGCCUUGGUCUUUGCCGUCAUCCUCAUCGUCUGGUUCCGCAUCAAGAACUCCAAGGCCGACCGCGGUCUCAUCCUCAUCGAGGGCAUCGAGGGCUUCCGCCUGCAGUGGUAG